UUUCUUAGCAGCCGCUGGGGGGGUUUUUGUUUGCUGUUUUCUUCGAUUUUUUUUUUUUUUUGAGGAUCUUGCUUGUAGUUUGUUGCUCCAGCUACCCAUCUCUCCGAACUCUGGAUUUAAGUAAAAGAGUUGUUCAUCGAUUUACACCUUUCCUUUUCGGCUGGAGGAGAAACUUUUUGGGGAUGAUUAAGAUGAAAUUUUGGAACUGUAUUUCAAUGAAACUGAACUUUUGCUAAUUUGACUGCAUGUGGGUUAUUUGAAUUAGAAUUAGACAUGUUUGAUUGAAGUCAUGGAAGCUUCAGCUUGAAAUUUGAAAUCCCAAUAUUAUUUCCUUGGGUUUGAGUGGGAUUGAACAGCACUAUCUCAUGGUGAUUGAGAUUUAUAUGUUUUACAGUUGAAAAAUAAGGGAGAUUAAGCAGAAGACAGGAAUCAUUUUACCCAUUGUUGGUUCUAGGGUGCUACCAUGGAAGGUGGAAAGGAAGAAUCCCUAAUUCCGACAGGAACCUCAAAUGUGCGUAAUUCGAGUAGCUUAGAUCCUGUUAGUCGGGCAAGAGAGCUCUUGUUUCGUCGUAUGCUGGUGGGAAUUAAGGAUGGUAGGUUUUUCUUGGGUACAUUCCACUGCAUUGACAAGCAAGGAAACAUCAUUCUACAGGAUGCAGUAGAGUAUCGAAGCACAAGACGAUCCUCUCCUUCUUCCAUGGAACAGCGAUGCCUUGGCCUCAUUCUCGUCCCUGCCUCUUGCCGAACCUCUUGCCAUGUCGAUUGCUCGAUUGAAGAACAACUGUCAAUGUUGGAAAACAGUUAUAGUAUCCAUUACACUGGAAAUGUUCGUGUUGGAUAAGUUGGAUGGAUGGCACGAUGAAUGAGAUUGUAGUUAGUCGCAGAUUUGGACGGCUGAAAACACUUCGCUUGAAAGAAGUUACUUCUUGAGUACAUAAAAUUUGUCUUCCCAAGCAA